UGAGUCGUGAUCCUUCGCUCCUCGUCUCUUUCUGGGAUCUCUCAGUAAUUUCUUUAGUUUAUGAUACAAAUCCCCAGAACUCGAGGAGCUAAAAUUAAGCUGUUUUUUCAUCUAAUUCAAAGACUCUACAAGAAUCGAUACCACAGUCUUCGGAAAAUUCGGGGUUUUAAAAUUUGUACCCGAUGAAGCGGCGAUGAAGGUCGUCGGAGAUAGAUGGAAAUUAGAUCGGAGAAUAUUCAGACGCGGAGCGAUUAUAAGCCUCCGAGUCAAGCAGUUCUCAAAACUCGGUUAAAAGUCUGGUUCGUCAGCGUCUGCUCAAGCAUUUUGAUUUGGACUUGCUUGAUUCAGCUCUUCGCCACCGACGAGCUUUGGCAUUCCCGGUUCUCCACCGGUUUAACCAAUCAGAUUUCCCGGUUUUCCUUCCCUGUCGAGCCAAUUCAACCGCCGUCUCCUCUUCCUCCCCGAAGAAAUUACACAAGCAAUGGGAUUCUACGUGUGUCCUGUAAUGGCGGUUUGAAUCAAAUGCGUGCAGCGAUCUGUGAUAUGGUGACUGUUGCUAGGCUAUUGAACUUGACUCUUGUUGUUCCUGAGCUUGAUAAGAAAUCAUUUUGGGCUGAUCCAAGGUAUAUGCUUUGUUUGGCUAGUUCUGAGAAAUCUCUUUUCAAUAUGCCAAACAUUUGUUUUUAUUACUAAUCUAAGCUUUCUUUCUUGCCAAUCUUCUGCAGUGACUUUGAGGACAUUUUCGAUAUAAAGCAUUUCAUUGAUUCAUUAAGAGAUGAAGUUCGGAUCUUAAGGAGGCUUCCCAAUCGGUAUAGCAACAAGUAUGGACACAAAUUGUUCGAAAUGCCCCCCGUGAGCUGGUCGAAUGACAAAUACUACUUGCAAAAGGUAUUGCCGCGAUUCAGGAAACAGAAAGUUAUACAUUUUAACAGGAGUGAUACACGACUAGCGAACAAUGGUCUUUCUCUCGAUCUCCAAAGGCUGAGAUGCCGUGUGAAUUUCCAAGGGCUGAAGUUCACUCCGCGGAUUGAGGCUUUGGGAUCAAAGCUAGUUCGGAUCCUCCAACAAAGAGGGCCUUUUGUGGCUUUGCAUUUGAGAUAUGAGAUGGACAUGUUGGCUUUCUCUGGUUGCAAUCAUGGCUGCACCGAGGAAGAAGCUGAAGAACUCAAAAAGAUGAGGUAUGCAUAUCCUUGGUAAAGAGAGAAAGAGAUAGUCUCUGAGGAGAGAAGGGUGCAAGGGAUGUGUCCAUUGACACCCGAAGAGGCAGUUUUGGUCCUAAAAGCAUUAGGGUUUCAAAAGGAUACACAGGUUUACAUUGCAGCUAGUGAGAUUUACAGUGGUGCGAGGAGAUUAGCCCUUCUAAAAGAAUCAUUUCCAAGAAUUGUGAAAAAGGAAAUGCUGCUAGAUCCAACGGAAUUGCAACAGUUUCAAAACCAUUCAUCUCAAAUGGCAGCUCUAGAUUUCAUUGUAUCAGUAGCCAGCAACACUUUUAUUCCUACCUACUAUGGAAACAUGGCAAAGGUUGUUGAAGGUCAUCGAAGAUAUCUCGGGUUUAAGAAAACAAUCCUACUAAACCGGAAGAGACUUGUGGAGCUUUUGGACUUGCAUAAUAACAAGACGAUCUCUUGGGAUCAGUUUGCAGUAUCUGUCAAGGAGGCUCAUGAGGGAAGACGGAUGGGAGAACCAACUCAUCGGAAAGUAAUCUCUAAUAAACCUAAGGAAGAAGAUUACUUCUAUGCCAAUCCUCAUGAAUGUAUCAGUGAAAAUCCACUUUAACAAAGUGAAGGCUCCUGUUUUUUGUUUAAAGCAUAUAGAUCACUAACUACUAGAGUAGGAUCUAAUUAGCUAUCAUCUCUGAGUUUUUUCUUUCUUUGUUUAUAGACCUUUUUUCGUUUCUGUAAAGUAAAAGAUGUAAUUAAAAG